AGCUGUUUCAAACCUUCAAGAUGGCUGUCACCGAAGCGAUCUGCUCUGUUGUUGUUUUGUUAAGUUGUGUUUUAAUCGCUCAGGCAGUUUUACCGAAGAGGAAAUUUGAGUACAAGUUCAGUUUUAAAGGCCCACAUCUUGUGCAGCAAGAUCAAAGCGUGCCUUUCUGGGAACAUGGCGGAGCUGCACUUGCAGGGGAUGAAGGAAUCCGGUUGACCCCAUCUCUGAGGAGCAAAAAAGGAUAUGUGUGGACAAAGAACCCCCUUGAAUAUGAAAACUGGGAGAUUGAGGUUGCUGUUCGUGUGUCUGGUCGAGGGCGUAUUGGAGCAGACGGCAUGGCUAUCUGGUACACCAAGGAUAAGGGCGUGGAAGGCGACGUCUUCGGCAGCAACGACAAGUGGGACGGUCUCGGUAUCUUCCUUGAUUCAUUUGAUAAUGACGGACAGCAAAACAACCCAUAUAUCAUGGCAGUGACAAAUGAUGGGACUCUUUUAUUUGAUCAUGCAAAUGAUGGUCAGUCUCAGAUGCUGGGUGGUUGUUUGAGAGACUUCCGUAACAAGCCGUUCCCUGUACGUCUCCGGAUAGAGUACUACAACAAGGCCAUCACAGUGUUCGUCAACAACGGCCUCACCCAGAACGCCAAUGAGUUUGAGAUGUGUAUGAGGGUAGAAAACAUCAACCUCCCGAAGAACGGAUACUUGGGAGUGUCUGCAGCCACAGGUGGCCUGGCCGAUGACCACGAUGUCCUGUCGUUCCUGACCCACUCACUACUCCCACCUUCAGAUGACGGCACAGCUGCCCAGGUUUCUGAAGAAGAGAGGAAAAAGUUUGAAAAGGAGUUUGAAGAAUAUUACAAGGAACUUGAGAAAGCAAAGGAAGAUUUUCAGAAGCAGCAUCCUGACAAGGCCCGAAUGGACCCCUACCAGGUGGAUGAGGAGAAAUGGUUUGAAAGCCAGAAUGAGAGAGAAAUGAAGCAGAUAUUUGACGGACAGUCCAACAUUCACCUGACUCUGAAAGACUUAAAUCGAAAGAUGGACGAACUCCUUGGCCGACAGGAACUGGUGUUGUCUAAAAUCAGCAUAGGUACUCAGACCGGUGGACAGGUGCCCCAAGGUCAAGUCCCUCAGACUGGACAGCAGCAAACGGGUCAAAUCAAUGUUGACACAAUCCAAAGACAUGAAGUAGAAAGAGUUUUUAAUAAUCAAAAUGAUCUCAUAAACCAAAUACGGGAUAUGAGAUCGGUGAUAAAUGAUGUUCAACAGAAAGCCGGCAUGAUCCAGAGUUCUGGGGGACAGCAGCAGGAGGGAGGGGCGGGGCUCCAGCUUACCCUCCAUGAGUUGAAGGAUAACUUGAACAAUGCCAGGAAUGAUAUAGCCAUGCUGCUCACGAGGCCGCAGGCUGGAGCCGCAGCAGCUAACUGCCCUACACAAUCUGGCUGUUUAACACCGGUGGUGUUUUUCAUCGCUCUAGCUGCACAAGUUAUACUAAUUAUUGGAUAUAUGGUUUAUAAACAAAAUAGAGAGGCACAAGCGAAGAAGUUCUAUUAGAAGAGAUGUCAUUAGGUUUUAACAUAUAUCAUCCAACCUGUACUGUCACUCAUGUUUCUCCAGCUACCAUUAUUCAUUCCGAAAGUCAUCUCCAAUAAAUGAAAAUAUUUAUGA